CAAUGAAGAAGCUUACACGAGCAACGGACAGCUAGCGGUUGCUUUACGUUUGAGGAAAGAGAGUUGGAAACAAUUUGUUCUGUGUGAUAUCAAUGAGCCUCUCACAGUGACCAUUCAGAAUGAAUCUCAAAUAUGCUGGUUGACGGAGAGUGGAAGCAUUGGAAUGGUAACAAGUCUAUCUAUUCUAUCACAAAACGACAAACAGUUUACAAUACUCACAACAACCGUUGAAGACAUUAAAUUGUCUGAAAUGUCAUCGUUGUGGCUACCAGAUGUAACAUUUUCUGGUCACUGUCAGCCUCACAUAGCAAUUAUGUGUUUUGAGUCACGUGAUAAGGAGCAAAAAUUUAAGGCAUUCGACUUGUUUGCUAAUCUGGGAAAACUCGAUUUAGUCAACAACAAAUCUAUAGAAACUUUGUUUCCAAUGGGGUAUGAAUCCUUGUGCUUGGCACUGCAAUUGGUGUCAAUACAAGGCAAGCAGAUGAUGCUGGUGGCAACUGCAGACAAUCGGUUGUCGCUAUUUUGUAAGCAAGCAAUAGUCGGGUCGUGUAGUAUUCCAAUAAUCGUACAAUCGAUUACAACAGCAGUAGUCAACAAGAAUACUAUUGCUCUAUUGCAAUCGAUUGAUUCCUCUGUAUGUAUUGUGAAUUGUCAUCAGUUUGAAGUAGUCGGCAACUACAGUAGGGUGGUCAAGUGGUUAGUCGGGGAUUUUACUCGCAAAGGACACCAACUGUUAAUCUUGUUUAUGUCAAACUCUGUGGAACACGGAUUUGUGUUGACAGAUUUUGAGUGUAGUUAUUCGACUUCAUCGUUUACUGACAGCUGUGCGGAUGAAACGUCUGAGAAUGCCGAUCAAGAGGAUACUAGUUGCCCAAAUGGGCUGAUUCAAGCACUCGAAGCUUUGCAAAAUAGAUUGGUAACAGCCAAAGUACAGCUUGUUGACAAGAAGAUGCUUUUAUGCAACAAGAAACGUCUUUUGCAAGGGGCUGCAAUGCAACUCCCCAGACUCGCCACUGAUUGUGAAAAUGAUUCGACAUUGAAAUGGUUUACUGACUCAUCGUUAGUUAAACUGAUUGGUGAAGAUGACAAACGAUCUAGUAAGAAAGAUGACUACCACAGCAAUGCAAGCAAAGAGUUACCUUUGAUAGUUGUCGGUGAGUUUCAGCGAAAUGUGUAUAACAAGUGGGUGUUAGCAAUAGACGUGGAAAACAUAUCCAAGUAUGAUAUCGAUAACCUUGCUUUUGAUCUCGUUUCUCUUGUUGGUAGUGAUGGUACAUCAUCACACUUUCGAUCCAAAUCUUACAUGAAUUUGAAAUCAUCAGCGGAAGACGAAAGUGCUGACCAAUUGGAGUCUGUGCCUGAGUCGUCACCAAAACGAAAACGACUUGACGUUGACGUUGUCAAGUUUGACACCAAGAAUAGUGCUUCAAGCAUAGUUUUGUGUUCUGGUCAUCAAGCUACAUUACUGACUGUAACAGACUGCCCAACAUUUAAGAGCACGUCAAAAAUGAUUGCAACUGUGUGUGUAAGCUUUAGGAUUAUGGACUCUUCCAAAGCAUCAGUUUGUAGCUCACAACAAAGACAGUCAGAAAUUUUGAUGUUACACCAUCAGUUUGGGUUGUCUUUACAUCAGCUUGUCGAUGAUGCCUUUACUGUCAAGACAACUGCUGAUCUUAUAGAGUGUUGUAGUUGCAAACAUGCUGAGCAAGAUCGUUUGUCUUUUCAUGCAGUAGCACUGACUUGCUCGCUGACUGUUCAAGUGGCCGCCAGUUGUGUAGUCCAUCAAGUAGUGCAGUCUGUCUGUAGAGAAUUUGGAAUGAAUGUUGGUGACAGUCACACAGUAAGUACAAGUAAUAUGUUCAAACUUGCCAAUUUGUCUGAGCGGCAAUAUGAUAUACUGAUCACAAUUGGGACGGUUGAUGACAAGUCACAUUCCUUUCGAAUUCAUGUCUUAUAUCAUUCUGCGACAGACCUUUCUUGCUUCCUGUGCUAUUUGUGUCGUAGUCUGCCUCCUGAUGCUGUUGUUUAUUGUUCAACCCAUGAGAGGUGUCAUCCAGGGAACUUGAUAACGAUAGAGGAGGAAACACAAAGAUUAACUGACUUUCUACAACAUGUGAUAAUUGACUCGAGAGGUAGUGAUAACGUGUCUCUUCGAUGUUAUUUGGGUGGCUACAAAGUUUAGUGGUGUAAGAAAAUUAUCCAACUUUUUAGUUGUAUGUGCAAUACAAGUACACGUUAUAUUGAUUGCCUGCUAGUGGUAUAGUGUCAGUACUGCUAGACGUAUGUAUCGUAUAGGUAUGUUUACGUGUAGAAUGGCAGGGAGAUGACAUGCUCAGACAGUUGUCAGUACAUUUGGUGGCUAUUUCAUA